GCAUGCUGCAUCCCGAUGCGCUCGCACGCGGUUCGGACUAUACACCUGCUGCUGGAUUAACAUGCGUUCCCACUGCCGCCGUGUCCAGCACUACAUGACCAACGUUCAAGAUUCAGCCAGCCCAGCGUGCACUGGACACAUCUGCACGUCUGAACUAUUUUUAGGGUAGACAGAGGGGUGGAAGUGUCCAGGAAUAUUCGACCUGUCCUGCGGAUGCGCCGUCACUGUUUGGUGCCUCAGUGCUCCCAGACUCAAUUCAUGAUCGAUCACUGUGUCUUCACAGGUUCUCCUUAGGGUCGCUCGUGUCCGUGGUGGCAGAGAUGGAGAAAUUUCAGAAUAACAUGCGCAAACGGCUUUAUAGCUUGCCGCAAAAUAUUGGGCAAAAGCCCUGCGUGGUGUACGAAGGAGACAACGGCGACAAGGACAUGAAGAGGAAAAGUAUUGGUCUGAAACACAUGCCCUCUCGGUCUCCCGCAAGCAGUUGCAAAAGCAACCAAGAUACCACAAGUGUAGACAUGGAGACAGACGUCAGUGUGAGGGCCAACCUGAAUGGAGACUGUCGCUUUUUCAGAGCGAGCAUCUCUUCAAUCUCUGGACGGCACCCCCUCGGACCCGAUCCGGCAGAGCACCGGCGCCUCAUCCCAGAAGCAGACGCCAGCCUCACCGAGGGCUUACCGGGGGAGCACGGCCCCUGGACCCAUGGGCAAGAGGCAUUGGGGGACCCGGUUGCAACGCCGGGUUCGUCGUCUGUAUUUGACCAGACGUGUUUCAUCAAGUUGGAGGGGUCCGAGCAAAACAUCGCCGCCGAGGACGAAAGGUUGUACCAAGCCGGCUUCAUGCACCGGCAGUUCGGAGCGAUGCUCCAACCGGGAGUCAACAAGUUCUCCCUGCGCAUGUUGGGGAGCGAGCGGGCCGUGGAGCACGAGAGAGAACGCGUAAAGUCUGCUGGGUUCUGGAUAAUCCACCCCUACAGUGAUUUUAGGUUCUACUGGGACCUGAUCAUGCUGCUGCUGAUGGUGGGCAACCUGAUCAUCAUCCCCGUGGGCAUCACCUUCUUCAAGGACGAGCACACGCCCCCCUGGAUCGUCUUCAACGUGGUGUCGGACACCUUCUUCCUCCUGGACCUGGUGCUCAACUUCCGCACGGGCAUCGUGAAGGAGGACAACACGGAGAUCAUCCUGGACCCGCAGAAGAUCAAGAUCAAGUACCUGAAGAGCUGGUUCGUGGUGGACUUUGUCUCCUCCAUCCCCGUCGACUACAUCUUCCUCAUCGUGGAGACGCGCAUCGACUCGGACUUCUACAAGACGGCCCGGGCGCUGCGCAUCGUCCGCUUCACCAAGAUCCUCAGCCUGCUCCGCCUGCUGCGCCUCUCCAGACUCAUCCGCUACAUCCACCAGUGGGAGGAGGUGUUUCACAUGACCUACGACCUAGCCAGCGCCAUGGUGCGCAUCAUGAACCUGAUCGGGAUGAUGCUGCUCCUGUGCCACUGGGACGGGUGCCUCCAGUUCCUGGUGCCCAUGCUGCAGGACUUCCCCGCCGACUGCUGGGUCACCAGAAACAAGAUGGUGAACGAUACGUGGGGGCAGCAGUACUCGUACGCGCUGUUCAAGGCCAUGAGCCACAUGCUGUGCAUCGGCUACGGUCUCUACCCCCCCAUAGGCAUGGCCGACGUGUGGCUCACCAUUCUCAGCAUGAUCGUGGGCGCCACCUGCUUCGCCAUGUUCGUGGGGCACGCCACCGCGCUAAUUCAGUCGCUGGACUCAUCGCGGCGUCAGUACCAGGAGAAGUACAAACAGGUGGAGCAGUACAUGUCCUUCCACAAGCUUCCCGCCGGCAUGCGACAGAGGAUCCACGACUACUACGAACACCGCUACCAGGGCAAGAUGUUCGACGAGGAGAGCAUCCUGGAGGAGCUGAACGAGCCGCUGCGAGAGGAGAUCAUUAACUUCAAUUGCCGGAAGCUGGUGGCGUCCAUGCCUCUCUUCGCCAACGCUGACCCCAACUUUGUGACGUCGAUGCUGACCAAGCUCCGCUUUGAGGUGUUCCAGCCCGCCGACUACAUCAUCAGGGAGGGCACCAUUGGCCAGAAGAUGUACUUCAUCCAGCACGGGGUAGUCAGCGUCCUCACCAAGAACAGCCAGGACACCAAGCUCUCCGAUGGCUCCUACUUUGGAGAGAUCUGCCUGCUGACUCGAGGCAGAAGAACAGCCAGCGUGCGAGCCGAUAACUACUGCCGCCUGUACUCCCUGUCCGUGGACAACUUCAACGAGGUCCUGGAGGAGUACCCCAUGAUGAGGAGGGCCUUUGAAACCGUGGCUCUCGACCGCCUAGACCGCAUCGGUAAGAGAAACUCUGUGCUUCAAUCCAAAGUCCUGCACCACCAGAGCGCAGGCACCCUCAACCUGCAGGAGAAUGAGAUCAUCCAGAGGAUCGUCCAGCACGACCGAGACAUGGCCCAGUGCACCCAGCUCAUCCAGAAGGCCGCCGCGGCCGCCCAGAGCCUCAGCCCCCUCCCGGCCUCUCCCUCCCCCACCUCCGUGAUCUGGGCCCCGCUGCUCCAAGCCCCCCUUCAGGCUGCGGCGGCCACCACCCCCCUGGCCCUGGCGUUGGCCCACCACCCCCAGCUGCCCCCCAUCAUGUUCCACCACCCCAUUUUGCAGGGCUGCGCCUCCUUCGGGGACCCCUCGGGACCCCCCAGGAGGUACCUCACCGGCGCCAACGUGGCCGCUGCCGCCGUGGGCUCUGGGUCGCCCCCCAGGGUGAGCGCCUCGGUCCUGGCCUCCCUCGGGGUGCAGCAUCUCUCCGCGGUGGCCCCCACGUCGCCCACGCUCCCCUCUCGCCCCGCAUACACGUCCGGAUCUCAGGCCUUUACCCCUCUAUCGUCGCCUCUACCUCAGUCCAUCCACCAGGCCUAUCCCCACCACCCUCCGGCCCCUCAGUGCAGCAUGCCCUCAGCCUUCCCCGUCAGCCAGGCGUCCCUCUCGUCCAUCUCCUGCACCGCUCAGCUUCACCCCCAUCCCCGGCCCUCGGAUUCCUUCCACCUGCACGGCCCGCCAGGGAGGCUGCCGGGGAGGUUCCCCGCCCCCUCGACCCCCACCGUGACCCCGCUGAUGUCCGGCCCGGUCAGCCCCGUCCUGGGCCAGAUGCAGCACAGCUCUCACCACCAGCAGAGCUACCACGCCAGCGCCCCCCCGACGGCCGCCUGCCACGAGAGGGCGGCCAGCAGCACGUCCAGCGGUCCGAGCGUCUCUCCCUUCCCCAUCGUCACCAACGUGCAGCACGCCGCGGGUGGACACUGGGUGGCGGCAGAGCCACCGUUGGCCGGAUCUGGGAACGUGUACGGGGCCUCCGCCUCGCUGACGCACCAGGGUCUGACGGGCCUCCAGUCGGCCUUCCUGCCCCAGGUUCUCACGGAGCACUCGGCCCUCGCCUCGCUGGCCCAGUACGGCUCUAAGGAGGGGUCCCCCUGCUGCACGCCACCGGUCCCCAGUCCCAUCAUCCAGAGCCCCGUGAGGGCGAGGAACGGGCCCCCGGCGGAUUCCCCCUCCAGCCCCGCCAGCUCCUACGGCCCCUUGUUGACUCCUCAGACCUUAUCCCCCUCCUGGGUGGCCAGCGGCCCCAGAGAGAGACCAGAGUCCACUCUGGUGGAUCUCCACAGCCAGGAGAUAAAGACCAUCUCGGGCUCAUACCAGGGGGCUGUCGGUCCGAGCUCUUUUGCCGACGUGUCCGGGGGUCCGUCGUACAUUACCUUCUCUACAUCAGCAACAGCCAGCAAUAAAGCUCAGUUCAGCGGUCAGGCGAGCCCCGUGCGUGGAGCUCUCUUGGAGCCCGGGGCCGAGCCACACAACCAGUACCUGGGGGUCCACCGGUCGCCCGAUCGCACGUCACCCUCAGAGACCAUAGAAAUAGAACACACACAUUCAAAACUGCCCUCCAACUUGUGACGUUGAAACACAUCCUCCCGUGUCGUGGUGAGAUGUUUUGUUCAACUGUUUUUGGAGUUUUGUUUUUAAGGACGUGGCUGGAAGGUGGGGUGUGAACUAUAUCACAAAGCGACGUUGGUCUUUUUUUCUACACAGAGUGGUCGGAGAGAGGAAAUUAAUGGACAAUGCUGAGUAUUUUUCUACAGGAUAUUGUUACUUUGAAUAUGGUAAUAAGGUAUAUAAAUCGAAUCCCUCAUGAAAUAAUGUAUUGACUCAUAGCCAGCUUAUAUUGUAUGUUAUUUGUUAAAAAUGCUCUUGUAUGAUUAUUUUUUGGUGUAAAAGCUACUGUGUUUUAUUUAGGGAUGAUCAGGAAUCCCUGCUUUCCUUCCUCAGUCCUCUCAUGUCGUGUGAAUGUAGGUUCAAAGAGAAACAGACUUUUGUGCACCUCUGCUCCAAAACUUCAGAGCUCACCCACUGCGACUCUGUUGGCGAUGGUAUGUCUUCCAACGUAUUGACUGCAAUAGCUGUGACGCAAAUGCUUUGGUAGCGCAUUCACUUUUCAAAGACCAACGGCAUUGAAGUUUUGAAUGUCACGUAUUGUCGACAGAUGGUUAUGCACUUUAAAAGAGAAGAGAAGUGGUUUCUAAAGGAUGUUUUAGAGAGGUGAUGGUGGGUGUAUUUCCGGUUGGGUUAAUAGAUAGAGAUGAUAUGACAGAAGAUGUAUUAUAGAGGCUUGAUGAUAGAGGGAGUGUGAGAGAGGCUGUAUGAUAGAGGCUGUAUGAUAGAGGCUGAAUGAUAGAGGCUGUAUGAUAGAGGCUGAAUGAUAUGAGGUUGUAGGUUGAUGGCAGGGAGGUCACUUGCACACGUCACCUUGUCGUCGGGCUGAAGUGCUCUCUCUCUCGCUGUAGCGUGGGAGAUUGCUCCAUUACUGUUGCUAGGUAAUGUCCCGGUGGAAAAAGAAGGUAUAGAAUAUAUACGCCUGAACCAAAGCUUGGUGUCCAGUGAGCACUGAAUGCAAUAAUCAGCAUAUUUAUCUUUUGGGUUGUUUUUUCGAAUUAAAAAUGUGUUAUACUGUGAAAUGAAGCACAUUUCCUUUUAAGAGGGAAAUUGUAGAGGGGUCGGUGCGGGAGGAAUGGAGGAAAGAAACCGUCCGGUGGCUGCCAGCUCUUUGCACUGUGAGUGAUCUGAAUAGUUUCUCGCACCAAUCUUAAGGGCUAGUGUUGGUGACUUAGUGACCUAGCGCUCAUGAGAAAGGCCCCUCUAUGAAUCAUCCUGCUGCAUAUUUGUAUAAUAUUGUUUCCAUCUUACAAAGUUGAAAUCUGUAAAAAAAAAAAAAAAAAAAAAGACGCCUGGCAAGAUAUGUUGAAUCUAUACUCCGAUAGCUUUUUUUUUACUUUGAUUACUAUUUUUCUCAAGGAAUCCCGCUUUCCUAAAAACUGUACACAUCCUCAACACCUUUAUGCUAGAUCUUUAAUUCCAUGUGGUUAACGUUGCGUCCGUUUCGGCGCCGCUGAUUGACUUAAGGAACCGCCAUCCGUUGGUCAAAAGGUCAGGCCUCUCUCUGGGGGAAGACCCGCCAGGGACCGACGGCUCCUGGUUGCUAAGCGACGGGGCCCGAGGGGCCGGCGGGUGACCCUGCAGUGAAUAGAGUGAUCAAAUCAGUCAGGAGCUGGUCACCACCAGUGGACCAGAUCAACCCCUCACUCCUCAUUACCCCCCCCCCCUCCAUGCCCACUCUCUCUCUCUCCCUCUCCCUCGCUCUCCCCCCUCCUCACUGCAGCAUCUGGAGAGGGCUUUGGCAUGAGUUUAAUAUUGUGUUACAUUGAGCCCAAUUUUAUUUAUUUAUUUAUUUAUUAGUUGUGUUGUUUUUUUAUUUCAACUGGGAGAGUCUGCCCGUGUCGUGGGAUUUGGCUUUCGGCAUCAACAAGUCAACAUCUAUUUAUUUAUUCAAGCAUUUAUUUCAUUUGUAUUACUUUGGGCUGCCUUUUUGACUUACCAAAUCACAUUAUUCCAUCACGUGUGUGUUGUCGGUCUUAUACAUUUAUUUUAGCUAUUGAAUUCAAUGCAAUAAAAUAACAUAUGGUA